AUGUAAAAUCUUUAAAAUGAAAGAACCGAAUACUCUAUUAGCCCUAUUUCAUCUAGAAAGAAUUAUUUUGAAUCAUUUAAAAAUGCUACAUCAUAAUUUAGCAAAAAAUAAAUUACAAAUGAUGAUUAUGAAAAUAAUAAAAUUAAUGAUGAAAAACCUAACUAGGUUUAAGAAUCUCCUACAUAAAAAAGCUAAGACAAUUAAAACUUAGAGCAAAUAAAACAAAAAAAAGAAAUACCAUUAGUGGCAAAGAAUAAAUAAAGCUAAGAGGAAUCAAAAUAGCUUUAAGAACAUUUAUAGGGCAUAUAAGACAGAAGCUUACUGAUUUAGAAGAGAAAAAAAAAUUAAGUUGAUUAAAACUUCAUGAAUCUAACUAAGGAGAGCAUAAAUUAGAUGGUUAAUAAAAGAGAAAGACAAUAAAAAGUUCAAAACAUAAACAUAGUUGAUAUUAAUAAUCCAGAGCAUUAAGAAAUUGUGAUCUAGAUCCUUAAGGAUAAGAAUAAAACAAUAAAAGACAUAACAUUUUUAAAGAAAGCCAUUUCAGAUCUUCCUUUGUUUUAAAAGAAUCCAGAUCUGCUCAAUAAGCAUAAUAUAACUUAGAUCUUAUUGAACGAAUUCAGUUAUGAGAAAUUUUCAAAGCACUAAGUAAUAUUCAACUUUGGUGACUUUGGAUAUACUUAUUAUAUCGUGUUGAAGGGAGCUGUUUAUUUGAUGAUUCCUAAACUGACUAAAGAUGAUAAUAGAGAAGAAAAAGAUAAAAACUAGAAAAAAAAAGUAGAGGUAUCAGCUUAAAGUUUAUAAAAAUCUACUUCAAAUAAUUCUGUUGGAUCCAAAACACCAAUUACAGAAUCAAGCAAUUUAUAGAGAUAAAACAGCCGUUUAAACAGAAUUUCAUCUUAAAUCUUUGAAUCAGAAAAAUAAAAAGAAAGCAAAUGGAAAAUAAUUAAAUAAAACUUGGAUAAGUUAAACAAUAGUGAUGGUGAGUCUUUUUCCAACAAUAUCGCAGAUCAAGAAGAAGAGGAAGAAGAUGAAUCUGAUUACUUAAAGAGAGUAUACGAUGACAUGAAUUUGAUCAAAACAUUUGUUGCAGGAGAGGCCUUUGGUGAAAUAGCACUAAUGACUAAAUAAAGAAGGACAGGCACGAUGGUUUGCAAAGAGGAGACACAUUUAAUGACUUUAACUAAAAAUGGAUUUGAUAAAAUACUAGGGCAAUACCAUGAAUAAAUUAAAAUACAAAGAUUAGGAUUCUUAAAAUCAUACAGUUUUUUCAAUAAUAUACCAAAUUCAAACCUUCUUUCUAUACUUUUGGAUAUAAAAAUAGAAGUUUAUCCGAAAAAGGCUCUUCUUUUUGCGCAAGGGGAUGAAGUAAAGAAUAUAUUUUUUAUAAAAAGAGGUGAAAUUUAAAUUUCAAGAUUAAUUUAAAGCGAUUAGUCUGCUAAUACUUAAAAUGAGGGAGAAGCUAAUUCUUAUGAAAAGAAAAACAUUUCAAGCAGUAACAAAAUUAUAGAUAAAUACAAUCAUACUAACAAAUAAAAGAAUGUAAAGUAACAUCAAAGAUAGAUUUUAAUUACUAGUUAAGGAACUAAUUCUCAUAUUGGUUGUGAAGAUUUAGCAGAUCAUAUAUUAAAUAACUUGCAAUCUAAUAAUUUAUCUAAGUUCAUUUUUUAUCAUUCCAACGUGGCUGAAGUAAUAUCAUAAGAAGUCGAAGUAUACAAACUUAAUAAACAUAUAUUUUUGAAUAAUUUGUACAUGUUUAAAUCAGUUGAAGAGUUUGCUAAGUAAAUCAAGGAGAAGAACUAAUAUUACAAUUAGCGUUUAUAAAAAGUUAUUUAAGCAAAAGGUUCUUCAGAAGAAAAAAUGAAAAAUUUAAUUUAACAGAUUGACAGCAAAAAGAUUGAUAAUGAAUUAGAGCUUUAAAACACCAGUAGGAGUGCUCUAAACUUAUCAUAUUAAAAUGGUAGCUAAGAUAACCUACGUUCUCCAGCUUCAUAUUAAUCUAGUUAAUUAACUAGCUAUUAUUUUAGUGAUUUUCCUUUAGAAGAUAAUGUAUCAGAAAGGUCGUUAAGCUUAUCACAAAGAUAAGCUUUAGAUGAAAAACCUCUUUCGUUAAAGAAUAAUUUUGAUUCUAUCAUUCAGAAAGAUUUCUCGCCUAAUAAUACUUUGGCAUACAAUAGAUUAUAAAGGAAAAUAAACUCAUAUGAUGGAAACGAUUUUGGUCAGUUUUUUCCUAGUUAAAGACCAAAUAGCUAAUUUUCUCAAAAAAGAAGAAACCAGGAAAAUAAUUUUUAUUUGGAAUCAAAGUAAGCUAUGAGGAAUAGAAUGAGCUCAGUUUAAAACUCAAGACCAUCUAAACUUGGAAUAAAAGAUAGUAUUAUUCAAGCAAAUUAUCAAUUAAUAUAAAGGCAACAAAGCAAUAAAGAGGUUAAUAUUCAUGAUUAACUAUAUUCUUUGUAUCCAAAUAAAGAGUCUAUUUUUCUACCAGAGAUUGAAAACAGAGAUGGAACUAGAUCAAAUAGAUCGAGCUUGUAUGAAACUUCUUCAGUUAAAUAAAGUCCAUAUGUUUCAAAUGCUAAAAUUUUUAAUAAUCUAUAAAAUUAUAAAAUUCAAAAUUAACAAGCUCACACAUGUAAAUCUCGGAAUAAUUCACAAUUUAACUUGCAAAAUGAAUUUUAUUAAGUGAAUAACGCUCAAUACAGAGGCUCAGAGUAUUAAGGUAAAAUGAACUCUAGCUUUAAUACUAAUUCUUAAGCUAGCUCUUUUUCAAAGUAUGUGCUCAACUUCUAAAAACUGCAAGAGUAAAAUAAUUAAUUAGACUGUAAUAAUAUGUGUCAUACAGAUCGAACAGGAUAUACUAGCUCUAAUUAAAUACAGAUAUCUCCAAGAGAAAAUAAUAGCAGCAACCAAUAUAUUAUGAAUAGCACAAAUUAACAUAAUAUAUUUGAAGGAAAAAAGGUGUAAAAAAUAUCAUUAAACAGUAAUGAGAAUAAUUUUCUACCUAAAAAUGAAAAUGAGGAUACCUAAUUAACUUUAAGGAAAUCAGACAAAAUACCCGCCGAUAUUUAGUUAGCACUAAAUCAAGAAAACCCUCUACUAAAAUCUCAAAAAGUGAUCUAAUUGAUGAAAAAAUAAAGUAGAUAAAAAUUUAAAAUUAAUUUGGAUUUGGAGUUAAAAAUUAAAAGAUAAUUUUUAUAAAAUGCCAAAAAUUUUUAACAUGGAGAAAUUAAAGCUUCAAGCAGUAUGUUUCCUUCAAAAUAAAUAGAAAAUAUUAAAGACCUUAAUGUAAAUUUAUUUGGGGAAUAGUCUAAAUAUCAUCAUAUUAUACUGAUGUAAUAACUCUGUUAACUGGAAAUAAGAAAUCCCUAGGUGGUUUGUUAGAAUAAUGGUUAUGAAUAUUAAUAAGAAGAUUAAAAAUAUUUUUAAAGUGAAAAGGAGCAAUCUUUUUUGAAUUAUAAAAAAAGUGCAUAAAUACCUGCAUAAUUAGACAGAGCAUAAACAAAUUUAAUCAAAUACUUUUAAGAAAAACAAAAAGACCAAGGAAAGCUUAAAGAGUAAAGUCAGACUACUUCUUAAUAGCAUUCGUUACAAUCUUCACCUAUUAAACCAAAGACCUUUCAAAUUUAGGAAAAUGCAAUAUAUAAUGGCUCCUAAAUUCCAUAAGAUAAUUAAUAAAGAGCCAAAAGUAGAGACCCUUCUCCUUAGUUACCUUAAAUUUUUUCAAGCUUUUCUACACCUGUGUUAUUACCUGUAUCUCAUAGCUACUAAAGUAGCAAAAUUCAUUUACUAAAUAACAAAUUUAUUGAAAAAAAAGAAUAAUCAAGAGAGUGUAAAAACAUACAUACAAAUAUUGCAAGGUAAAAUAAAAAACAGCUUAAAGGGUUAGUUAAAAUGAUACCUCAUAUUAAGUCAGCUUCUUUGAAAAAAAUAAAAAAUAUUAGAAAUAAAUUGGAAAGUGAUUAACUUACUUAUUUAAACACUACACCUUUAAAUAAAUCUCAAUAAAUCAAGUGA